GACAAAAGUUGGAAAACUAAGGAGAGAAAGAGUGUCUCAUUGAUGUCUUAGAAGGGGGCAACAACCCCCAUCUCCUUUGGAACUCCUUUUUUAUUACAUUUCUUCUAUCCUUUGCUCUCAUUCCUAACAUCUCACAUGUCUUUGUUUCAAAACCCUAAACCUAACUUCAUUUUUCUCCCCAUAAAUACUUCUCCACCCAACUCCAUUUCAAUCAUUCAAAUUUUAGUUAAUUCUCUCUUCUCUAGCCAACUCCAUUUCAAUCAUACAAUUAACUACUUUAGAGUCAUACAUGGCUAUAAGAAAAUCAAACACGAGUCCUCAGACUGCAGCAGCUUUGAAACAGAUUCUUAAAAGAUGUUCGAGUUUUGGUAAGAAAAACGGGUUUGAUCAUCAUCAAGAUCUUCCUUAUGAUGUGCCCAAGGGUCAUUUUGCGGUGUACGUGGGCGAAAAUAGAAGCAGAUACAUUGUUCCACUGUCAUGGCUGGAUCAUCCUGAGUUUCAGAAUCUGCUGCAGAGAGCUGAAGAAGAGUACGGAUUUAAACAUGAUAUGGGUAUUACAAUUCCGUGUGAAGAAGUUGUUUUUCGCUCUUUAGCGGCGGUUAUAAGAUGAAAUUAUUGUUAUAUUUAUAGAUUUUCAUGUUCUUAUAACCCUAACUGCAACUCAGUUAUUACUCACCAUUGUUUUAGCCUAGUGAUCAUCAUAUACUGUCAAUUCUCGAUUUUUCUUUAUGGUGUAAUUGUUUUUUCAAAGAUUGAUAAUAAUGAGAAGCUGCCAUAGGCUCUGUUCUUCAAA